AUGGAACACGAGGUUGCUUAUGACUUCAAGGACGAAGGCCACUUCUGGACCGUUCUCGACGAGACAAUCUCGAGAGAAUGCGACAGCCACGGGACAAUCGACGAUACUUUGCGAUCCUACCUGACCCUGAUCGGUGCCUUUCGAGAACGUCUACAUGCGAGCGAUUAUGAACUCAGUCGUUGCGCCUAUAAAUUACAAGAGUCCGACCUCUUCACGAAUCAUGCCGACUAUAUACGGAGACAAUUUGUCCAAUGUCUGAUCGAGGACGACGAGCCACAUGUUCUCUUACUCUCCACCCUCUUCUUGAUCGCCGAUGCCCAAAGCCACGAGCGCACCUACGAACUACUUAGCGAAGAGGGCGCGUUUCCUCGCUUAGUGGACUUGAUGGCAAGCCCGAAGCGACAUGGCCACGAAGAAAUACACAGGUCACUCAUGGAGUUGCUAUACGAGAUGUCGCGGAUACAGAGGAUCAAAACGAGUGACUUGGCCCAUAUCGACGACGACUUUAUCAAGAUGCUCUUCGAGAUUAUAGAGCAAGUGUCUGAUGAUGUGAAUGAUCCGUAUCACUACCCUACCAUCCGAGUACUGUUGGUGCUCAAUGAGCAAUUCAUGGUUGCUGCGCAUGAUCCUGCCGGUAGCCAGACUGGAGUACCUCUCACUAACAAAGUGAUCAAGGUGCUCUCCGCACACGGCAGCGCAUACAAGACGUUUGGCGAGAACAUCAUCUUGCUAUUAAAUCGGGAGGACGAGACAUCAUUGCAGCUGCUAACUCUCAAGCUGCUCUAUCUCCUGUUCACCACUCCACCUACUUACGAAUAUUUCUACACAAAUGAUCUGCGAGUCUUGGUAGACAUUUUGAUCCGAAAUUUGCUCGAUUUGCCUGAAGAGGCUUCGUCUUUGCGGCAUACAUACCUACGUGUCUUAUAUCCAUUGCUUGAGCACACCCAGCUCCAAUUUCCUCCAUAUUACAAGAGGGAAGAGAUUCGGAAGAUGCUUCAAGUUCUUGGGGGAGGCCAAUUACGCGAACAUGGGCCAGGACAGGACGAUCAGCAUCACUGGGGGCAUUUUGAGGCCGUCGACGAAACCACAAAGCGUCUUGUGAAACGCUGCGAAGGUGUCAGUUGGCUUACGGAUCCCGAAACUGAACCACCAGUGCAAGCAGAAUCCCCCACAAGCGAUGUCGCCUCCGACCUGUCGUCACCAGCGUCACCAAUCAAGGGCCAUCCCCCAGCCCUACCUGCUCCUCGCAAGUUGAAGAAGCGGAAUUCCUCAAAAGCAUCUACUUUGACUAUUGGUCAUUAUCUAACUCCUCAUCUCGAAAGUGCUCGGCAAUCAAGCUUGAGUAUGAUAGAAGUGGCUGCGCAGCGCGAGAAGCCUGGCGUGAUGACUCCAAGCAGGAAUCCCACGCUGAAAAAUAACCUUCGAGCAGCAAUAAUGCACAAGAAGGAUAAACCUCCGCCGCCGCCUCAAGCUAGAAGGUCCGGUUCGUCCAGACCGAAGCUGACUGAAAACUCCACGGAAAUAGAAGUCAUGAAAGCGUCAAGCACUGAGGAGGCUCCGGUGUCUAAGCCGGAGGUGCCAAAUCACCACCACCACCACCAUCAUCAUCAUAUACCACAUCCGCCUUUGCCUCACCUAAGACAUCAUCCGACGCCACCUGUACCCGGCGUGGAGCAGGGUAAUGAGAAAGAGAAGAUUUUGAAGUCUCCCGUUCCCCCUCCCAUCCCGUCUCAUCACAAAGGACACUUUUCGCCGAAGAAGCCACCACCUGCGCCUAAGUCGCGUCGGUGGCGGAAAACGUAUGAUCACUCCAACGCAACGAGGGAGCCUGGGAAAUUCAACGCCAGCCUACCAUCUAUAGUGACGACAUCAACUGCAGGUAACGAGGUUAUCGAGCAGAGUCCAUUUUCUCCGUCUUUACCACAUGAGGAGAAGACAUUGAGUCCAACCAGCCUGGACUCGGCUAUAGGAAAGGAGAAGAUGGGUGUCAAGGAAGCUUUGGAGUUAGCUCGAGCACAGGCCGUUGAUGAUGUUACCGGGACCCUAGAGCAGGUUGAGUUGAAGGACGAAUCCAAGGACCAAGUUGAAGACAACCCCAACCCUGCUGAACUGCCGGAAGCCGAAGCUGGAAGCGGCAAAGCAGAGGAGUCAGAUAGGCGGCAAGCAAGCGGUGACACGCUGGAUCCCGAAAUGAGUCGAACCCGAUCUGACGAUGACCUGGACCUACCGUUCCAUGACGCAAAGCAAUCACUCCCGCAGAGUCCGUUGCGAGUCUCGCCGUCGCCUUCUCCUGGUCCACAAAAUCUCGAUUCGACGUUUUUGUCUGUGUCGGCAACCAACGCUCUACCUCACCAGAGAGCAGUGCUCACUCCUCCCGGUCAAGAGCCUUCCAGGGGAGUUCCUGGGCCACAGUAUGCGCUUGAAAGGAGCCCAUUCUUGACGGACGAGGAGGAGGAGGAAGAAGAGGAGGAAGAUGCAGGAGAAGUCGCUGACGGAAGUGAUGACGAAGGUACGGUCGAUGAAAAUACGCAUCAUGAUGGAAAAGAAUGA